GCCGUGUCGACUGCAGGCGCCGUAUCCGCGCUAGUUUACCAACCCCAGUUACACGGUUGCGCGUCGGCCUCAGCCGUGAGGAGCCGGACCCAUGUGGAAACUGCAGCCCGCCGCGGGCCCGGCAGGAGUUUUGUUUCAGACUCUGUUUCCAUGAUGUCAUCAGAACAACGGGAAAAGUCGAUUUUUUUCUCUUCAUUUCCAGCGGUGGGAAAUGUGAUCACAUGUUAAUUGGUUGCCCGUGGAGAACCAUACAGACUUUUAACUGGCAUUGAGUACGUCGUUGGAAGGAAAAACUGUGCCAUUCUACUUGAAAACGAUCAGUCAAUCAGCCGAAAUCAUGCUGUGUUAACUGCUAACUUUUCUGUAACCAACCUGAGUCAAACAGAUGAAAUCCCUAUAUUGACAUUAAAAGAUAAUUCUAAGUAUGGUACCUUUGUUAAUGAGGAAAAAAUGCAGAAUGGCUUUUCCCGAACUUUGAAGUCGGGGGAUAGUAUUACCUUUGGAGUGUUUGCAAGUAAAUUCAGAAUAGAGUAUGAGCCUUUGGUCGCAUGCUCUUCUUGUUUAGAUGUCUCUGGGAAAACUGCUUUAAAUCAAGCUAUAUUGCAACUUGGAGGACUUACUGUAAACAAUUGGACAGAAGAAUGCACUCACCUUGUCAUGGUAUCAGUUAAAGUUACCAUUAAAACAAUAUGUGCACUUAUUUGUGGGCGUCCAAUUGUAAAGCCAGAAUAUUUUACUGAAUUCCUGAAAGCAGUUCAGUCCAAGAAACAGCCUCCACAAAUUGAAAGUUUUUACCCACCUCUUGAUGAACCAUCUAUUGGGAGUAAAAAUGUUGAUCUGUCAGGACGACAGGAAAGAAAACAAAUCUUCAAAGGGAAAACAUUUAUAUUUUUGAAUGCCAAACAGCAUAAGAAAUUGAGUUCUGCAGUUGUCCUUGGAGGUGGGAAAGCUAGGUUGAUAACAGAAGAAAAUGAAGAAGAACAUAAUGUCUUUUUGGCUCCAGGAACUUGUGUUGUUGAUAUAGGAAUAACAAACUCACAGAUCUUAAUUCCUGAUUCUCAGAAGAAAUGGAUUCAGUCAAUAAUGGACAUACUCCAAAGGCAAGGCCUUAGACCUAUUCCUGAAGCAGAAAUUGGAUUGGCGGUUAUUUUCAUGACUACAAAGAAUUACUGUGAUCCUCAGGGCCAUCCCAGUACAGGAUUAAAGACAACUACUCCAGGACCAAGCCUUUCACAAGGCUUGUCAUUUGAUGAAAAACUAAUGCCAACCGCCCCAGUGAACACUACAACAUAUGUGGCUGAUACAGAAUCAGAGCAAGCAGAUACCUGUAUGGAUUUGAGUGAAAGGCCAAAAGAAAUCAAAGUCUCCAACAUGGAACAAAAUUUCAAAAUGCUUUCACAAGACACAUCCACUAUAAAGGAGCCCUGCAAAACAAGCUCUAAUAAUAAUAGUAUGGUAUCAAAUCCUUUGGUUAAGAUGACAAUUCCAAACUAUCAGUUUUCACCAACUAAAUUCCCAAGUGUAAAUAAAAGUAAAGAUAGGGCUUCUCAGCAACAGGAGACCAAUUCCAUCAGAAACUACUUUAAGCUGUCUACCAAAAAAAGGGAAAGGGAUGAAGAAAAUCAAGAAAUGUCUUCAUGCAAAUCAGCAAGAAUAGAAAUGUCCUGUUCUCUUUUAGAACAAACACAACCUGCUACACCCUCACUAUGGAAAAAUAAGGAGCAGCAUCUAUCUCAGAAUGAGCCUGUGGACAAAAACUCAGAUAACUUAUUUACAGAUACAGAUUUAGAAUCCAGUGUGAAAAAUUCUGCCAAUAAAUCUCAUUCUGCAGAAAAGCUAAGAUCAAAUAAAAAAAGAGAAAUGGAUGAUGUGGCCAUAGAAGAUGAAGUAUUGGAACAGUUAUUCAAGGACACAAAACCAGAGUUAGAAAUUGAUGUGAAAGUUCAAAAACAAGAGGAAGAUGUCAAUAUUAGGAAAAGGCCAAGGAUGGAUAUAGAAACAAAUGACACUUUCAGUGAUGAAGCAGUACCAGAAAGUAGCAAAAUAUCUCCAGAAAAUGAGAUUGGUAUGAAACGUGAGCUUAAGAAAGAAUCACUAUGGUCAACUAAAGAAAUAUCUAACAAUGACAAACUUCAGGAUGAAAGUGAGAUGCUUCCAAGAAAGCUGUUAUUGACUGAAUUUAAAUCACUGGUGAUUAAAAACUCUACUUCCAGAAAUCUGUCUGUCAUAAGUGAUGAUUAUGGUCAACUAAGAAAUUUCAAGAAAUUCAAAAAGGUCACAUAUCCUGGAGCAGGAAAACUUCCACACAUCAUUGGAGGAUCAGAUCUAAUAGCUCAUCAUGCUCGAAAGAAUGCAGAACUAGAAGACUGGCUAAGGCAGGAAAUGGAGGUACAAAAUCAACAUGCAAAAGAAGAGUCUCUUGCUGAUGAUCUUUUUAGAUACAAUCCUAAUGUAAAAAGGAGAAGAUAACUAAGGAUUUUGAAAAGGAGCCAUGGAAAAACUUGCUAGCAAGCAUCUACUUCAGGCUAACAAGGUUAUAUGAAUAUACAGUAUAUAGAGGAGAUUUAAGUUACAAAUAUUUUAUGGCCUAACUUUAUUAAAUAAAAUGCAGAAAACAUUGA